AUGUCCCCAACGUUCCGAAUGCCCUCAACCCUCGAGCCUGACCAGCUGGUCAUUUGGAUCCCGAUUCCCAGCCUAGGCUACCCAGCAGAGCUCCGACGCACCCGAGGCGCCCACGUCCCCGACACUCUCUACGCCCCCAACGCCUCCGACGCCCCCGACGCGCGUGCUCUGAUGCGCCUCGAGGCGCGCGGAACGCAUCGUCCGACUAAAUUGAGAUGCGUUUUUGGAACAGUCCAGGGCUGUGGAAGGACUUUGAGCCGCUGGCAGUAUCGGGCUUGCGGCAGGGGUAAGGAUGCUCUUUUGUUAGUUUCAUCGCCACGGCGACGAAGGCCCCCCUCAACAUAA